AAUUUUGUCCCGUUUCUGCUAUCCGUAAAGAGAAGUUUUUCAGCAGUAACACGAAAGGUGCACGUUUGUUGAAACUUGAAACUACUACACUUGUUUUCAUCGAUGUAUACAAUUAUGUAUACAAUUAUAAACCCAUAGAGUUACCAGAUUUAAGGUCUGAUUAUGCAGUCUACGUCAAUUACUCCUUUGCAUACUUGCUUCUACCCAAUUCCUAAGCAUUUUUACUCCCCCCAUCGUUCCCUUAAUCUCAAUAAGAAAACUCUUCCUCGUUCUUCACUUUGCUCCACCCAUUUCACAAACAAGUGUUGUUUUACUCUCAGUUCUACACAUAGUUGCAGUCAGGACCAACAGAAACACAAAAGGGAUAACAACAACAACAACAGUACAGACCUAGAUCAACAGAACGGUAUAUAUUGGGAAGAGUUUUAUACUUCUAUUCAAGAAGAGAGAACCCAGUACAGAGAGAACAAGGAGGACCCGAAAUUUGAGCUUCCCAACCGUUCAGGCAUUUACACAAACAUGUGGUGGACAGACUUGAAAGCUGCAGUAGGCCAGAGGGUUAACGUGGAGGGCAUUGUUUCUUCUUUAGGGGUUUUCUCUAAGGACAAGCAUUUGGCGAUCCCACAUGUUAUUGUGCCAGAUAUAAGGUAUAUCGAUUGGGCUGAGCUAAAGAAACGAGGGUUUCAAGGUGUGGUCUUUGACAAGGAUAAUACAAUUACGGUUCCUUACUCCUUGAGCUUGUGGUCUCCUCUUGCCACUUCUAUAGAUCAGUGCAAAUCUCUGUUUGGUAACAAUAUUGCAGUUUAUAGCAACUCUGCAGGACUAGAUGAAUAUGACCCUGAUGGUAGAAAAGCCAGAAUUCUUGAACGUGCAAUUGGAAUUAAA